AUGGUAUUAAAAGAGCUUCGUGAAAUUUAUUUUUUUGCCAAGUCGACAAACACAUCUAUAGUUUUUAACAAUCUCAAACCCGGGUAUUCCCUGGAAUAUCAUUACCCCAUAUAUAUUAGGAACGAAUUAAGGGAUCUAUUUGAUUCUGAAUUGGGGAUUUCUCCAAGUAGACAAACAUAUUACUUUUUGACAAUUUCAGACUCCUAUAUCCCCGUAGAAUAUCAUUAUAAUAUAUCUAAAAUUUCCGGAGGUUCCCGAAGAAUAGAUAUUCCUAUAAAGUUAACCUUGAAUUUAAUAAUUCCUUUUGGUCGUUGA